AUGGGAAAUAUUAUUUCUUCCCAUUCUUCUCCCCCUCUAUCUCAUUCCAAUCCUUGCUGCCAUUAUUCUGUUGUUCCCCCAACUGCAUAUGAUGUAUUCAUCAAUCACCGUGGUAAAGAUACCAAGGAACAUUUAGCUAGUUCAAUUUAUGAUAGUCUUGAGAAUAGAGGAUUUAAAGCGUUUUUGGACAAAAACUCUAUUCGAGUGGGGCAAUACGUACCAGAAGCUAUAACUUGUGCAUUACGCACAGUCUCUGUUCAUGUUGUAAUCCUUUCUCCCAAUUUUGCAGAAUCAGAGUGGUGUUUGGAUGAGCUCAAUUUGAUCAUCCAAAGCAGGACGCCAAUCGUCCCCGUGUUUUGGGAAAUUCGACCGUCUGAGGUUCGAAUGGAGGACAGAAAUGGAGUGUAUGCGAAAGCUUUCCGUAAGCACAAGCACGCUGGAAAAUUCAGUACUUCAACACUUGAGAAAUGGAAAAAUGCUCUGCGCAGGGUUUCACUUAUCGAAGGCAUUAUCAGUGAAGGAGAGCAAGGGGAGACGGUGGAGAAAAUCACAGCGUGUGUGGCUCAAUAUAUCGACACGGCAAAAUGCUACUUGAAAUGA